AUGUCAACUAGCAAGUCAACCGAGUUUCGAAGGUGGACCCCCGAGGAAGACCAUCUGCUCAGUGAACAGGUUUCCAAAUACCAAGGAACCGUCAAUUGGGUUGCAAUAGCCCAACUUCAUAGAGGCCGAAGUAACAAGGACUGUAGGAACCGAUGGAUGAAGAUAAAACGCAAUUGGAACCGUGGAGCUUGGACGAGUGAUGAAAACAAACGACUGCUUGAUGCUAUCGCUACUCAUGGUUACAGCUGGACUUCUGUGUCCGAGACUGUUGGCAAUCGAAGCCCUGACCAAUGUGCCAAGCAUUGGACAAGCUCGCUUGAUCCCGAUUUAAGUCGUGAAGAAUGGACCGAUCCAGAGGAUCGGAUUUUAAUGGAUGCUGUUCAUCUCCAUGGUCGGUCCUGGAAACAAAUCGCUGGGCAAUAUUUUCCGAACAGAUCGACUCUUGAAAUUGCCAACAGAUAUAGCCUGAAUAUCCGGAAACUUGAGCAAUCUCAUUCAUUUGGUUUCAAUAUCUCCGAGGCUCUUGAUGACAGCAGCACACUAGGCGAAGUUGGCCAUACCUAUACUCAAGGAAACACAUUCUCGUCUUCGUUGAGUGCGAGUUGCGAAGCCGAAGUAGAGUCAAAUGGCUCGACGCGGGACUCCAUUCAGUUUCCAACGUACCUCAGUCCAUCAGACAUUUCCAUUUCAGCCUCAAUGAACUGGGAUACCGACUUCAUCCCGUCUGACAUUGGCCUUGGAAAUCUCGACUUUCACUCCUUCGAUCCUUUAGAUCACUCACACAGCCUUAUUUACGACAAGUCUACAGUUGAGAAAGAUAGUCCUUCCAGUGUGGCAGAAACCAUUUCAGCUUCGUCCAAAUCUAACUCAGAGCGUACUGAGUGUCAAAGUACAACAUGCAGCUCAGAUAAUGGCACUUCGAAACAGCCAGUCCGGAUACAAAAGACAUCAUUCGUAAUGGAGAAUCUAGACGCUGCCACUCGAAAUGAGAUUUUGGACAUAUUGUGUCGAAGAAAGGUUUCUACAACAAUCGAUGUAUCAUAG